ACCACUGUCCCGGAACCACUUUUAUAACCACCGACAUCUCCCCCCCCCCACUCCCUCUCCUUGCUACACUUCAACGAUUGCAGUUGUUCGAGCAACUGAAGGGGGGUGUGGUAGCGUGGAUUUAUUGUCCAAUUGUUGGUGGUAGCAACGGUCGACGACAUGGAUAAGGGCAAGAGGAGAAGGCGUCGUGAGAUGACGGAGGAGCAGAAGCAGGAGAUCCAGGAGGCGUUCGAGUUGUUUGACACCGACAAAGACGGAGCCAUUGACUAUCACGAGCUCAAGGUGGCAAUCCGAGCUCUGGGCUUCGAGGUGAGCAAGGCGGACGUGAUUAAGAUCAUGAAGGACUACGACAGGGAAGACACGGGAAAGAUCAGCUACGAUGACUUCUGUGAAGUCAUGACGGAGCGCGUGCUGGAGCGCGACCCACUGGACGAGGUGCUCAAGGCGUUCCGACUGUUCGACGAGGGCGAUUCGGGCCGCAUCGGCGUGCGUGACCUGCGCCGCGUGGCGCGCGAGCUUGGGGAGACCGUCUCCGACGAGGAGCUGCGUGCCAUGAUCGACGAGUUUGACACGGACGGCGACGGAGAGAUCAACCAAGAGGAGUUUAUUGCAAUUAUGACUGGAGACUCGUGAUUUGGAAACUCGGAAUGACAGGUCACCGAGAAGAGACUUUCUUUGUUACUUUUAAUAUAGCAUGAAGUUGCUUGAAUUUUCCAACUGUGUGUGCCGUUUUGCAAUAUAGUGUUUGUUCACAUCAGAUGUUACACCUUGUCACGGAUACGUGUGUGUAUGUGGAAUGUUAGUGCCUCAUUUACUGCACCCAACCACAGCGACAUGACUUCAAUUCCCAGCCAUGCACAACAUACAUCAGUAGCAAGUUAUAUUUUUAAUCAGCCUUGGGCCUCUUAAGUAGACUCGGCCUUAGAUAAGUACCUGGUGUGUAUAAUCGUCACCACUGGGCAGACCUUUGCUGGCAACACCGCCCUUUUGUGUCAUGCUGGCCAUUUUCCGUGCUCGCGAACAGCACUUACCCCCUGUCGUCGAUUAGGCUAAAUGGAAGAGUAUAUAAAAUGGGGGACCAGUAGUACAGCGGUUAGCGAGUUGCGUUACGAACCCAGUGACCUGAGUUCGAUUCUCACGGCCAACACCAGCGACGAUUAUAUGAACCGAUUUUGGGCCACCCCGAUGUCAAAUCUGCCUUUUAAGUACCUGGUGCGGUGUAUAAACAUCAUCUGUCACUAGGGAGACAAAGGCGGCCGGCCCUGGUGCUGGCCACCCACCCCCUUGUGUGCUUGUGCCGGCCUUCCUAGGUGCUCACAGCACUUGCCCCAAAAGUCUAUGAAGGCUAUGCGGGCGAUCUUUGCCUUAUGUAGAAUAUUUAUAGAAUGGACAAUUCUCAAUAUAUUUUUUGUUAAUGUUUUCACUGCUGCGGUUCAAUGUUUGCACCUCGCAUUGUUAGUGGGUGGCUGUUCCCAUCUGUAAUAUCAGGCCGACCAGUGGCAGUGAUUGAAUUAGGCAGUAUCUUUCUGAUUAGACUAACGUCGGAAAACGGCCUACAAUUGUCUUGAAGCAAAUGCACAUGUAAAUUAGUCACGCAUGACAUGUGGCUAGAUCUGUCCCUGCCAUAGGAAAGUGGCAUUUACACCACUCGGUACCGCCAACUGGGAAAAGCAGGGCCCAGCACUCAUUUGUGCACGGCGACAAACUUUGACGUUUUAAAUUAUAAAAACAAAAGUGUCGAGCCUUUGAUAAGAGCUGUAACGAAACUAAGAACUGUUAAGAACAUUGCCAUUAAAUCCACAGGCCAUUGUUUAUUGCCUCUUGCAAAGAUGAGCUGUCAACUUCAUUCCAUUUGAGUGUUUUUAUUCGUGUAAUUAUUCCGCCUCUCGUGGCUUUUUAUGGGUUUAUUUGUGGCGGUUCGAGCAGCUGGUCGCAUUUCGCAGCUGUUUCGCGUGAUGUAAGACGCUGAACAGCUUUAAUCGAGAUGGAGUGUUGUGGCCACGAAGUUCAUUUGUCUUUGCGAUGUCACUGAUGACAGAAAUAAAUAAAUGCAUUCAA